UUCACUUUCUUUCUCUAUUUUCGUUAGCAAUUUGAUAAAAUAAAAUAUUAUUGUCACUACUAGUUUUGUAGAUCUUUUGAUGUAGUUUUUUAAUAUGUAAUUUUUAUUUUUUAAUUCUAUACCAUUUGUCAUAUAAAAUGAAAUCGGAAUCCCAACGCCAUGUCGGCCCAAUCUCUGUCAACUCCUCUUUUACCGCCGGAGACCCGUUUCCGACCUUCCGAUUCCGAUGGCCCCCACACGAUCGUCGCCGUCAACGACCACGCCACUCCCCAGCCCGCCUUUCGAAGUACGAAUUGUGACGCCAUGCGCGACGCCGGCCCGGAGUCGGUCGACGACAACCCGUACGGUUUCAUCGGGGCGGUCCGGUUCGAGUCGCCAGAAGCUGCCACGGUUGACCCGUUUAAGAACCACACGCCGGAGAUUGAAGGGGUGUAUGAGUGGGCGAAGAUCGUGAUUUGCUUCCCCGUUGCUCUGCUCCGGCUGGCCAUUUUCGGUAUUUGCUUGAUGAUUGGCUAUGUGGCUACUCAGAUUGCUCUCGGAGGCUGGAAGGAUAGGCAUAAUCCAAUGCCCAAAUGGAGGUCCAGACUCAUGUGGGUUACCCGAAUUAGCGCCCGAUGUAUCCUCUUCUCUUUUGGCUAUCAUUGGAUAAAGCGAAAGGGGAAACCUGCAUCACGGCAGACUGCUCCUAUUGUUGUAUCUAACCACGUAUCGUACAUUGACCCCAUCUUCUAUUUCUAUGAGUUAUGUCCCACCAUUGUUUCAUCAGAAUCCCAUGACUCGAUGCCAUUUGUUGGGACCAUAAUCCGAGCUAUGCAGGUGAUAUAUGUAAAUAGGUUUUCACAGGGUUCACGGAAGAAUGCUGUCAAUGAAAUAAAGAGAAAGGCCUCUCACGAUCAAUUUCCGCGAGUGCUUUUAUUUCCUGAAGGCACAACCACCAAUGGAAGAGCUAUUAUAUCUUUCCAAUUGGGUGCAUUUAUUCCGGGGUUUCCUAUACAGCCAGUUAUUGUUCGCUACCCAUAUGUACACUUUGACCAAUCGUGGGGAAACAUUUCUUUAUCGAAGUUGAUGUUUAGAAUGUUCACACAAUUUCACAAUUUCAUUGAGGUUGAAUACCUUCCCAUUGUAUCCCCACUUGAGAAUCAAAAGGAAAGCGCUUCUCAAUUUGCCCAGAGGACUGGGCACAUCAUUGCCAGUGCACUGAAUGUUGUACAAACAUCCCAUUCUUAUGCUGAUGCUUUGCUUCUUACGAAAGCUGUUGAGUACAAGCAGGAAAACCCCUCCCUCUAUAUGGUUGAAAUGGCCUGGGUUAACUCGGCCUUUCAUUUGAGCACAUUAGAGGCUAUUGACUUUCUAGAUGUUUAUCUUUCUAUGAGUCCAGACUCCAGGGGACAGGUUAAAAUGCAUGACUUCUUCAGGGUAUUAAGGCUCAAGCCUUGUGAUCUUUCCAAAAAGAUAUUCCGUUUCGUUGAUGUAAAAAAGAAAGGCCGGAUUACAUUCAGACAGUUCUUGGUUGCAUCAGCUUACAUACUGAAGCAGCACUCAUUUUCCCGGGCAUGUGAAUUGGCAUUUGAAAAAUGUGAUUGUAAUGGGAAGAGCUUCAUUUUGGAACGAGAGCUGGAAGAAACUCUUCUGCUAUCAGCUGUGUGCUUGAGCAAGGAUGAGGUCCAUGACCUCUUCAAAUUACUUGAUACGGAUAAUGAUGGGAGGAUCAGCCACGAUGAUUUCGUUCGUAGCUUAAGAAGAAACCCAUUAUUGAUAGCCCUUUUUGCCCCGAAAUUGUUAAACGAGAACUUGUCUGAAGCUAAAGAACAUGUAGUGGUGGAGAUUAUAUGACCUCAUAAGUCUUGAUUGAUGACUGUAUACGUAGAAGAAAGAAAAAGGAACAUGAACGAACCCUCGCAUCAAUCUGUUUCACUCUUAUGAUGGUGUUUUUGAGAUGCCAUCUCAACCAAACCAGUGGUUAAUGUUUUUGUUGUGUUACAGAACUCUAGUGGUUGAUGAUGUCCAAUCAGAUGCUUCUUUUCUGAAAUGUUUCUGUUUUAAGCUGUUAGAUUAGUAACAGUAUUGG